AUGUCUCUCAAUGGGCUAGAUACUCCCGCCAUCGUCGAAGCCUAUCAGGGUGCCCUGGCCGACGCGGGUGGUUGGUUUCUGUUGCACUACAUUGCAAGGGAUGAAGUCGCCCUCCUCGAACGAGGCACCAGCGGGGUGCCCGAGGUGCGCAAUGCCAUCGAGAACUAUGAGGAGAUCUCCCCCUCUACGGCUUCUUGCAUUACCGGCGGAGGAAGGUCAUUCUGCGCUACAUGCCCGAGGGCUUGUCCCGGCUCAUUCAAGGUAGUGCUCGCUCACAUUGCUCCUCGAAGCAACGUCCAAUUCCAGUCUGUCCUUGACAAAUUCACCCCGAAUGAUACCGUGCUGCCCCUAUCCCAGGCCUCCGACCUCAAUGAAAGCGCCUUGUCCUCGGCCUGUCUUCUACACACAGCCUCGGGAUCAAUCACCUCUUCGUCCAGCUCUCUACGCCGUCGUCGCCUAAUGGAGAUCACUGAAGAUGCAGAGGAGAGUGGUGCCAAGGAGGAGACGAAGGCACAGUCGCCGCUGCAGCCUCCGCCAAAGGCUGAGUCAAGACAACGAUCUGGCAGUCAGAAAUCCGAGGCAACCAUUGUACCAACCCCUACCAUGUCGUCGGAGGUCGAGACACCCUCGCCCGACCUUCAGCCUCCUCCGUCUCGUGCCAGUUCCCGCGCUCCACCCUCGAUCGGGAGUAUGAGUGAAUCGCCCAGCACGAUAUCCCCAAAGUCUCCUGACUCGAGCUCGGAUCGUUCUCGGUACCGAAAUAUUUUGGAUGAAUUUCCUCGACCAUCGGAGGAAGUACGGAUGUCAACCCAGUCUGCACGGCCUUCAUUGCGGGAUCUAGAACGAGCGGCCGGGAUCACGCCUAAGGUCAAAUUGGGCCCUCGUCCGUCGGUUGACGGAAGUGGUCGGCCCCGGACUGCAGGAACCUCUCGGAAUCCAGAUCAACGACCCGUUGCCUCGAUGCCAGCCGGUAUGCGCUCCUCUUCCGUACGGAAGCCUCCCAGCAUCGAGGUUCCUCGUCCGCGAUCCCAGGGUAGCUCGUUCGCAACCAGACCCAACAGCCGAGCACCGCCUAUCCCGCCGUUACUCGUUCCCCCACCGUCCAUUCCGAUUUCUCGACCGCAACUGUCGCCGGGUGCCAAAUCAUUGGGCGCAUUAUCGACAUCUUCUGGGUUGACGCCGGAGAAAGAGCGAUUGAUGAAAGCAUUGCAGCAACGGAAGAAGCAGAUGGCCAAGCGAGCCGAGGAGACGAAAAAGAAGCAGGCUAUCCCGGAAGCGGACGAAGAAACUAAAACGCAGAAGGAGGCCACCCUGGACCAGGAGGAAAACAAAGAAAAUAUCAAUCUAGCAACUAAGCUGGACACACCGGAUCCUGAACCUCAGCACGCGACGGAACCAGAGUUGCAACCGGGGCCGGAAAAGCAGCAAGAAAACGAAGUAGCUGAGGAGCCUGUAGGGCCACAAGUUCAGGCUCCUGAACCACCCAUUGAGGGUCCUGAACUACCUGUUGAGGCCUCUAUCCCACCUUCCCAGGAACAGCCUACAGCAGAGGCCGAGAAAAAGAAUCUUGUUUAUCUCGAGUCUUCAAACCCUGAACCGAUAACCGACAUCGCGGUGACUGACUUCGAAGGCGGAUCAUGCUCCCAUACAUCGGCCCCCAGCGCUGACACUAUCUUCUCCACUGAAAUUACCGAUACUUCGUCAGAAGUUCUCAAGUCGGAGACACCGCAAACACUUCCCGAGGAGAUUUCCGAAGAAUCCACUGGGGACGAAACACACGUCGAACAUGCGGACUCCGCAGUUGUUGACCCAAUUGAGACUACGGACGACCUAUUACCCCCUAGCGUCAACGUCGAGGUCCCACUCGCCAAGGAUUCGGCAGACGUCCCAGACUCGACACCUGAAUUGGAAAAUGCUUCUCCUUUACAACAACUAGAGAUUCCAGCCGUCGCCGACGAACAACUGGACGAGAAGGAGACAGAUCUUCCGACGGAGAAUCCAGCAGCUGGAUCCCCUGAACUGGUCAAUGCUUCCCCAUCUGUGGACUCCCCGCCCAGCCCCGUAGCCGAGCCUACAGUCGCCCCUGUCUCCGUCUCAAUUGAUCCUGUCCCGCUUGAUGACUUUACGCCUGAGCCGCCUCGCACCACUAAAAACGAAUCUCUCCCCCUGGACCAAAGACGGAAGAUUCAUUUGGAGCCGAUCCAAGUUCUGACCCCAGAGUAUUCGGAUGACGAUCAACUUCUUUCGGAUGAUUCAUUCAUGGAGGAAUUAAGAUCUGCUACUGUGCAACAGGCUCGACCAGUCGCUGUCAAGUCUCCCAAUGGCGGUGAUCAGUCUUGGAGAGGAUCGCGGGCUGUGUCGAGCCCGUAUGGACUUCCUUCUCCAUCGGCCAUGCACGCACUAGCAGCUCGAUCUUUAUCAAGCUCGUACUCUGAAAAUGGGCCCGCUACCCCGGUUCUGAUGGCCAAGAAGAUCAACGUCUCCUCUGGUAUCUCGAAUCGCAUCAAGGCGCUGGAAAAGUUCUCUAGCCGGGAAGGCACCCCGUCGACUUCAACCCCUCCUGUGACUGGGCCAUCUGCGUCAUCAUCUUUUGAGAGUCUGCGCAAGCGUGCUUCCGUUUCAUUCCCCAACGGCGCGGCUCCGGAUUUCUCCCGCGCGCCGAGUGUGAACCACCAUGAGUCGCGUUCCACUCCUGCCAAUACGCGUCGCACUAACUCCAUUUCCGUCACGGCCCGCAUCAUCCGUGACACUGCUGUGUCGCCGGGGUCUUCUGGAGUCGAGCCUUCUGAGUCUGACGUCCUCAACCUUCAGGCCAGCCAACUGACUGUGGAACAUGGAACAGCCAAUGAACCACUCUCAAACAGCUCAACAUUCGACUCUUCCACCAACCUUUCGGAAAACCGGAGCAUGUCUAUCUCAUCCACAGGCUCGAGCCGUCAAGCCGCACAGGUAUCCAGUCGUCCUGCAAGCCGACUCUCGUUAUCAUCCCGUGCUAAGACCGAUGAGACUCUUCAGUCUUCGUCUCCUACAGAUGAAAAGAAAAGCUCGCGUGCGUCACGUCUGAUGCGCCGCAUGUCAUCCAUCACCUCGACAUCACGCCGCAGUAUUAUCGGAGCCUUAAGCCCAUCUGUGAAGGAGGAAGACGCCGUCACGUCACCCAUCAGUGAUUUUGCUAUUUCUCCGUCAUCCUCUCAUCCGCGCCUUGCAGAGCCCAUUGAUAUCGGCGAAGUCAAUGUCCAAUUCCCUGAAACUCUUCUCUGGAAGCGCAGGUUCAUGCGUAUCGAUGAGAAUGGGUACGUUGUUCUUGCGCCCGGGACCAACGACGCUACUGCUCGCAAUAUGACCAAGCGCUAUCACCUGACCGAGUUCCGAACCCCCUGCCUCCCAGAUGAGGAUAUGCAGGAGCUUCCAAAUAGCAUCCUGCUGGAUUUCCUGGACGGCAGCACGUUGCAAUGCGCCUGCGAGUCCCGACAGGGACAAUCUUGGACCCUAACGACUCUCGUCGACGCCCACAAUGCCCAUCGGCAAUAA